CAGGAGCCAGCCAGUGAGGGGACUGAGCAUCCACGCCUGUCCCGGAGGUGUGGCAGGCCCUGGACAGUCUCUCCUGGAAGCCCUGAGAGGCUGAGGGCUGAGGCUGUGCCGGACACUCAAGGCUCCCGCGGUGGCAGGACUGCCGGGAAGGCGUGCAGGAACUCCUGACUGUCUCUGUUGGACCCUGAGAUUGAAGACACAGAGGUCUCCCGAUGGCUCCUUAUCUCAUCCGCAAAUACCAGGAGAGCGACCGCAAGUGGGUGGUGGGCUUGCUCUCCCGGGGGAUGACCGAGCACAUUCCCACCACUUUCCGCCACAUGCUGAAGCUGCCCCGGACUGUCUUGCUCUUAUCCGGGGGUCCCCUGGCCUUACUCCUGCUCUCUGGCUCCUGGCUCCUGGCUCUCACUUUCAGCCUCGCCCUCCUGCCUGUCUUGUGGUUCCUUGCUGGACGUCCCUGGAGGGAGUACGUAGACACGGCUUUGCGCACAGACAUGGCUGACAUCACCAAAUCCUACCUGAGUGAGCCUGGCUCCUGCUUCUGGGUGGCUGAGUCUGAGAAGAGGGUGGUGGGCACAGUGGGAGCUCUGCCCGUUGACGACCCCACUUUGCAGGAGAAGCGGUUGCAGCUGUUUCACCUCAUUGUGUCCCCUGAGCACCGUGGUCAAGGGAUAGCAAAAGCCCUGAUCAGGACUGUCCUCCAGUUUGCCCGGGACCAGGGGUAUGGUGAAGUUGUCCUUGACACCAGCAUAUUGCAGCCAUCUGCCCUGGGCCUCUACCAGGGCGUGGGCUUCCAGAAGACGGGCCAGUCAUUCCACAGCAUGAGUGCGUGGCUAGUGGAUCUUCAGGAAGUUCAUUUCAUCUACCGCCUCCCUUCUGCUCAGGCGGGGGGCCGGUGAUCUCCUUCUUUGUGUAUCAGUCAGGAGAGGAUCCUCAGUGCUGGAGCAACAAGCAAAGCUGACCUUUCAGUGCUCACACAAUAAAAGCUUACUGACCAUUCA